GAAAAAGUGUCAGUGCGUUUGUGUUUGUGUUUGUCUACUGGCUGAAAGGAGAAGAGCCGUAAAAGAAAAUGUUCAAAUCGGCGACAAAAACAAUAAUUUUUAUGGCGUAAAAAAGGAAAUAAAUAUACACAGCUGUCUAACGAAUUUUACAUAUCAGUAAAGUGAAAAAAAUAUAUUCGAAAUUGUUUUCUAAAAUUCCAAUGAAAGUGAAAACCGCGAAAUCAUGCAAUCGUUGCAAUACAAAACUAGCAACAAUUUUAUUUGGCAAUAAAAGCAACUCGAAAAAGUAAAAUUUCAGCGCACAAAGUUGCAAAACGCAUUUGGCCACAUAAUAAUCGCAACAAAAGAAAUUCAUAAAUACCCGAAAAAAAUAGUAAAAAAGUGAAAUUAAUUAUAACAAAAGUCAAAUCAACACAAAAGUGAGCAAAAAGCUAGAAAUAAAAAAUAAAGUGAAAAAAGCAAAAGAAAAAAAUCAAAAUCACUUCCAUUCAAAAGUAAAUAAAAGUGACGGUUGUGCGUCUGCGAAUGACAGCCAACCAAGUGAGCAGCGACUCGGCUGCCAAAAAGGCUGCUACACUACCAACAAUAGCAACAAAAACAGCAGUAGCAACAACAAUGCUGCCAACAACACAAGCGGCCACGCUCAGUUGUGGAGUUGGCGCAUCUAAAGCGAGUAACGAAACAACAUUUCGAAUACAAAAGCAAAAUCAGCAACAACAACAACAACCACAGCAACAGCAACAAACAAUGCAGACGACGUCAUGCAGUAAGCAGCAGCAACAACAACAGAGCAAGCAUGCACAACUACAACGAAACUUACUCAUUGGAUUAAUUUUAACAGCAUUUUGCGCACAGAGUGUACUUUGUGCCGACUUAGCCAUAAGCAUACCUAAUAAUCAAGGGCUGGACAAUGUCUAUUAUCGCAUCGACUACAGUCCGCCAUACGGUGAUCCAGCGCCAAACACAACAAUACCGUCGCGUGAGAUUGGCGAGGAGAUUCAAUUCUCGCACGCUCUGCCCGGCACCAAGUACAAUUUCUGGUUGUACUAUACAAAUUACACGCAUCCAGAUGUGCUGUCGUGGACGGUGACAAUUACCACAGCGCCCGAUCCGCCCUCGAACCUCUCCGUGCAAGUGCGCAGCGGCAAGAAUGCCAUCAUCUCAUGGUCGCCGCCCACCCAAGGCAACUACACAUCCUUCCGCAUCAAAGUGCUCGGCCUCUCCGGUGCUUCCAGCUCAUACAAUCGCACAUUCGUCGUGAAUAACACAUUCCAGCACAGCGUCAAGGAGUUGACGCCGGGCGCCACUUAUCAGGUGCAGGCCUACACCGUCUACGACAACAAGGAAUCGGUGGCGUAUACCAGCCGCAAUUUCACAACAAAGCCCAAUACACCCGGCAAAUUUAUUGUCUGGUUCCGUAACGAGACCACACUGCUCGUGCUGUGGCAACCACCGUAUCCCGCCGGCAUUUACACCCAUUACAAAGUAUCCAUUGAACCACCGGAUGCGCUGGAGAGCGUGCUGUAUGUGGAGAAGGAAGGCGAACCACCGGGUCCGGCGCAAGCGGCCUUCAAAGGACUUGUGCCCGGUCGUGCUUAUAAUAUAUCGGUACAAACAAUGUCUGAAGAUGAAAUCUCCCCACCGACCACUGCACAAUAUCGCACUGUACCGUUACGACCGCUGAAUGUGACAUUCGAUAAGGAUUACAUAACGUCGAACUCGUUUCGCGUGCUAUGGGAAGCGCCAAAAGGCAUAUCGGAGUUCGACAAAUAUCAAGUUUCAUUGGCCGCUUCACGUCGACAAUCAACUGUCUCACGAAAUAAUGAUCCGAUUGCUUACUUUGAUUUUCGCGAUAUCACCGAACCGGGCAAGACAUUCAAUGUUAUCGUGAAAACCGUUUCGGGUAAGGUGACUUCAUGGCCCGCGGCUGGUGAUGUCACGUUGCGGCCGCUGCCAGUACAUAAUUUACGUUCGUUCAGUGACGACAAGACAAAUACGAUGCGUAUCACAUGGGAACCGGAUCCAGCGAGCACACAGGAUGAAUACCGUAUAGCUUAUCAUGAACUGGAGACGUUCAACGGCGACACGAGCUCAUUUACCGAAGAGCGCACAAGCACUAUACUGGAGAAUCUGCUACCCGGACGUAAUUAUUCGCUUUCCGUGCAGGCAGUCUCAAAGAAAAUGGAGUCGAAUGAGACCACAAUUUUCGUGGUGACACGUCCAUCCUCUCCCAUCAUUGAGGAUCUAAAGAGCAUACGCACAGGUCUAAAUAUAAGCUGGAAGAGUGAUGUGAACUCCAAGCAGGAGAAAUAUGAAGUACUGUAUUCGCGCAAUGGCACCUCUGAGGUGCGUACCAUAGACACAAAGGACUCGCGUUUGGUUAUCACCAAUUUGCAUGCGGGCGCCGGUUAUGAGGUGAAGGUCUUUGCCGUUAGUCACGAUCGCAGAAGUGAACCGCACGCGUAUUUCCAAGCAGUGUUUCCCAAUCCCCCACGCAACAUGUCCAUCGAAACCGUACGCAGCAACUCUGUGUUAGUGCAUUGGGCGCCACCAGAGAAUAGUGAUUUCACGGAGUACUCGAUGCGGUAUCGCACCGAGACUAAGGACCAAUGGAUUAACUUGCCCAGUGUGCGCGCAACUGAGGCGGACAUUACCGAUAUGACUAAAGGUGAAAAGUACACUAUACAAGUGAAUACUGUCAGCUUCGGUGUGGAGAGUCCCAAUCCACAAGAGGUCGUGUAUACCGUACCACCGAAUGAGGUGUCGAAUAUCAUACCCUUGGUGGACUCGCGCAACAUUACAUUGGAAUGGCCGAAGCCUGAGGGACGCGUCGAAUCUUAUAUACUAAAGUGGUGGCCUACGGAAAAUCCGAGCAAAGCCCAAACCAAAACAGUAUCUGAGAAUAAAUCGGAUGAGUCUUCCACCGUACGUGUUUUGAUUGGCGAUCUGAUGCCUGGUGUGCAGUACAAAUUCGAUAUACAAACCACUUCCUACGGCAUCUUCUCACGCACCACACACCUCUCCACACGCACCAUGCCGCUCAUACAGUCAGAGGUGGUUGUUGUAAAUGACAGACAAGAGGAUGAACGCGACACCAUAACUCUCUCAUACACACCAACACCACAGUCGUCUUCGAAAUUCGACAUCUACCGUUUCUCACUCGGUGAUCCCGAUAUUAAGGACAAAGAAAAGUUGGCUAACGAUACGGAUCGCAAAGUCACAUUCACCGGGUUAAUACCGGGCCGUCUAUAUAACAUCACCGUGUGGACGGUAAGUGGCGGCGUUUCCAGUCUACCCAUCCAACGUCAAGAUCGUCUCUUCCCCGAACCGAUAACACAAUUACAUGCCACCAACAUAACAGACACUGAAAUCUCACUGAAGUGGGACAUACCGAAGGGCGAAUAUAAUGACUUUGAUGUACAAUACCUGACCGCUGACAAUAUACUCGCACAAAAUAUUACCACACGCAAUGAAAUCACCAUCGCCGAUCUACGGCCACAUCGCAACUACACAUUCACCGUUGUCGUGCGUUCGGGCACUGAAUCUUCGGUGUUGCGCAGCAGCUCACCACUAUCGGCAAGCUUCAGCACGAACGAAGCUGUGCCAGGACGUGUUGAACGUUUCCACCCGAUCGAUGUACAGCCCAGUGAAAUCGUUUUCGAGUGGUUGCUGCCAACGAGUGAGGCCAACGGUGUUAUACGCCAGUUCUCCAUCACGUACAUGAAUGUGAACAAUGCCACCGAGAUGCGUAUACAACAAUUCGAGUCUUCCGAUGUCACUGGCACCAUACGCAACCUGAAGCCGGGUGAAACAUAUAUUUUCAAAAUACAAGCGAAAACAUCGGUUGGCUACGGACCGGAACGCGAGUAUAAGCAAACGAUGCCAAUUUUAGCACCGCCACGCCCAGCCACACAAGUGGUGCCCACCGAAGUGUAUCGCAGCUCGCAAACAAUACAGAUACGUUUCCGUAAAAACUAUUUCUCCGACCAAAAUGGACCGGUCCGCUGGUAUACCAUCAUCGUCGCUGAGGAUGACUCUAAAAAUGCUUCAGGUCUGGAGAUGCCAAGUUGGCAUGACGUGCAAUCCUAUAGUGUAUGGCUUCCAUAUCAGGCAAUCGAUCCGUAUUAUCCCUUCGAAAAUCGUUCGGUAGAGGACUUCACUAUCGGCACAGAAAAUUGUGAUAACCGAAAGAUAGGUUACUGCAAUGGACCGUUAAAAUCGGGCACUACAUAUCGAGUGAAAGUCCGAGCCUUCACUGCACCUGACAAAUUCACAGACACAGCCUACAGCUUCCCCAUACAAACAGAUCAAGACAACACCUCGUUGAUCGUCGCCAUCACCGUGCCACUAACCAUAAUCUUCGUGCUGCUCAUCACUUUAUUCGUUUUUAAGCGUCGUCGCAACAGUUGCCGCAAGGCUACGAAAGACUCGCGUGCCAACGAUAACAUGUCACUGCCCGAUAGUGUAAUCGAGCAGAAUCGUCCGAUAUUAAUCAAGAAUUUCGCCGAACACUAUCGUCUCAUGUCGGCCGAUUCGGAUUUCCGUUUCAGUGAGGAAUUCGAAGAGCUGAAGCAUGUAGGUCGUGAUCAGUCGUGCACAUUUGCUGACCUACCUUGCAAUCGUCCGAAAAAUCGUUUCACCAACAUUUUGCCCUACGAUCAUUCGCGCUUCAAACUGCAGCCUGUCGAUGAUGAUGAGGGCUCCGAUUAUAUUAAUGCCAACUAUGUGCCAGGUCAUAAUUCACCGCGUGAAUUCAUUGUGACACAAGGUCCGCUGCAUUCGACACGCGAUGAUUUCUGGCGUAUGUGUUGGGAGAGUAAUUCACGUGCCAUUGUGAUGUUGACGCGCUGCUUCGAGAAGGGGCGUGAGAAAUGUGAUCAGUACUGGCCAAAUGAUACGGUGCCCGUCUUCUAUGGCGACAUCAAAGUGCAAAUCUUGAAUGACAGUCACUAUGCGGACUGGGUAAUGACGGAGUUCAUGCUGUGCAGGGGCAGCGAACAGCGCAUUAUGCGCCACUUCCAUUUCACCACUUGGCCGGACUUCGGUGUGCCAAAUCCACCGCAGACGUUGGUGCGCUUCGUGCGCGCUUUCCGCGAUCGUAUUGGCUCUGAGCAACGUCCAAUCGUCGUGCAUUGCAGCGCUGGCGUGGGCCGCUCCGGCACAUUUAUAACGCUCGAUCGCAUUCUGCAGCAGAUAAAGACUUCGGAUUUUGUCGAUAUUUUCGGCAUUGUCUAUGCCAUGCGUAAAGAGCGCGUUUGGAUGGUGCAAACCGAGCAGCAGUACAUCUGCAUUCAUCAGUGUUUGCUGGCUGUGCUUGAGGGUAAAGAAAAUAUUGUAGGUCCUGCGAGAGAAAUUCACGAUAAUGAGGGUUACGAAGAUGACGAAGGCAUCGCGGAAUCGGGAAUGUAAAAAAUACUAACUAAAGUCAAAUUAAAUACUUUAAACUACUUUUAGAGCUGAACAAAUGAAAAUAUGACGCUUUACGACCUAAAUUGAUCGAUAAGAGUAUGCAAUAUUGAGCAUAUAACAUUUAUUUUAGCAAACUAACGGUCCCGCACCGUUAGAGACUCGAAUGUGGCAGAGCAACUCAAAGUGAAUGGAUAUCAAUAUUGAAGAAUAAAUUAGAAGCAUACUAAUUUACAUAAGAGAUAAACAUACACACAUAUAAAUAUAUAUAUACAAUAUAUAGGGAAUAGACGGACAACAGUUGAAGUACUCGUACUGCUAAGAAUUACAAAAACAACAAAACAAUGAUGGAACAUUGUAGCAGUAAACGUAAAAGAAGAAUCUCGCCAACAAAGGAACAAAUAUUUAAAAAAUAUUUAUACUUUAAAAAACAACAACAACAACUUAAUUAAAUAAUUAAUUAGUGAAUCUGCGAAGUAAAGCAAUGUGUAAAGUUUUUUUACAUCAAAUGUAUAAUAUAAUAAAUACUAAACAAUAAUGCUAUACUUAUACAUACAUAUAUUAUGCAUAAUUAAGUGUGCAAUUAAAACUAACAAAAAACAUUGCAUUUGGCUAAGUGAAUGAGCGAUAGCAAACGAUAGCAGCAACAAACGAAUUUUUGAUUUUUUUUUUGUUUUUUUAAUGCAAUAAUUUUAAAACCACAAACACUGUUUAGCAACAAUUUGUUUAUAAUUUGAAGCUUUUCGUAAAUUAAUUUAAAUUUUUUUUAAUUAAUAUGAAUUUUUUUUAAUUAAUUUUAAUUUUUUUAAAUUAAUUUUAAUUUUUUUAAUUAGUUUUAAUUUUUUUAAUUAAUUUUAAUUUGUUUUCAUAGAGCACUAAUGUAAAGUGGUAAUUUACGUUUUAUUCAUUUUAUUUUUUUUUUUGUUUUCGCAUGCCUAAAAAUGUUUGUACAAGCGCAAUGUUGA